AUGAUGAGGGCAACGAUAUAUAUUUGGACGCUCGGGCUAAGCCUGCUGACAGUGGAUGCACAUCAUGAUCGAACAAUAACUGGGAUAACAAGCUCUAAGCAAGAACCUAUGCUCGAUUCUCUCGCCUCGGCGCAGAAGGUGCUUGGUGAUACCGCUAACUCCUGCUACGUCUGCUCGCUGCCUUGCUCUCGAGCUGUCUGCUGUCAUGGAGAAUUCCCGCAAUGUUGCUCCGAUGGAGUCUAUUGCUAUUGUUGCCAAGAUUGA